AUGCCACAAAGCCGGCAGAGUGACCAGGGCGGUCGUCAGCUGAUGGCGAUGCCGAGACAAAGCUACGACAAUGAGGACAAGAUGCCUAAAACCCUCAGAUCCAUAGAUCCGGAAGCUGAAGAUGAUUUUGACACCUAUGACGACGAGACUGAGAUGGUUUGGACAUGGUCCAGAGUCCAGGCCCAGAAGCAGUGGACAAGUCAUUGCUCGAAGAACUCGUCCUCUGGUUCCUGCAUCGAAUUGAAUUAUACUCGUGUUUGCCCUUAUGGGAAGGGCCUUUAUGAGAAGAAGCUGUACACCGGAUCCAUGUACAAGGAGCCGCGGCCCAAAGCUGCGCAGUCCAACCUGCUUGAAUGGGUCGCGCCCAUGACUUACGCCUGCCCGCGGGGGACCUGGGCAAUCUAUGAUACAAAGCGCAACCAAUCGGUGCUGCGAGCGGGUUUGCCGAUGAAGUCCGUGAAGCGCUGUGAUUGCGGUGGCCGUAGGUAG